AUGCCGAGAGAGCUAGUCGCUUCUCGUGGUAAAUUCACUGGCCGAACAGUCCCGAUCGACAAGCCCUCCUUUGCGCAAAGACGACAGGGGCCGCCAGCAGCAACUGUCUUGUUAUGGCCAGAUGGGACGACAACUUCGACUCUCGAAUCAUGCGGUUCAGCGUCCGUACCCUGGGACUUUGACCACACAGAAAUGCUUUCCGACGGCAUCUUUACCCAUGUCCUUACAGAUGAAGGGGAGCAUCUUCCGUUGACGGAAUUAUUCGCCGCAGAGUCAACAGUCUUGAUGGUCGGCCCUACGGUCUGUCCCGCGCGUGGCUCGAUCCAUGAUGACGGGGCGUGCAGUAGUGAUAUCCCAACCUCCCUCCAGCUUAUCGGCCCACAAUACCGAGAAUUGUUCGCACACUUUUCUUCAACGAUUGCGCCAGUGAUGGUGGUCAUGGACGGCAAAUUCAACGGUUACCGUGAUCUUAUACUUCCACUUGCCUUUGAAGAUCAGCUUGUUAGAUCUGCAGUAUGUGUCGUCGCUAUGUAUCACCUCGCUUACCAACGACCGGAGUUGCAAUAUCGCGCUGAAGCCGGAUUCCAAUCCCUAAUAUCUGAGCUCCGCUUGCGCACAUCCACUCAAGCCGAUCUCGUCGACAUCGCCGCUUGGACCACGAUAAUUAUCCUGUUGACAGGCGAAACAAUCACGGGCGGUACCAACCUCCCCUACUUAUUCAAGAUUCUUCAGUAUCUCGCCGAUGCGAACACAAGAGAUGGUCGCGACAGCGUGAUGCACGCGUUCCUAACGGAGCAGACUCGCAUGAUGACGCUCUUCGCCCAACCUCUCUUAGGAGAGAGCUCCGGCACUCUGACUCUGAGCGCCCGACCUGCUGCCUACUUUGACUUCAUAUCCAACGCAGCCAUUUUCCACCCCAAGCUUGCGCCUCAAAUAGGAAUGUACAAGUCCGCCAUCCAUAUGGCAUGCAACAUCUACCUGAAACGUGUCACAAGCGGUCCACCUCAUUGUGAGACCGUCACGGACCUCGAGCGCCUCAAAAAGCUUUGCGAACAAAUCCAUCCUGCUACCCCAGGACAUCAUACGCUCGUAUGGGUGUACUUCAUUGCUGCGGCAGAGAGUUCGACACUGAAACACCGCGACUUCUUCACGAUGCGGUUGCAGGAGGUAUUCUCACGCACCAGAUUCCAUAAUAUUCCGACCGCGCUCGCCGCUUUGCAGGAGUUUUGGAAGGUCCAAUCGGAAAGAAGGUGGACAGAGAUCUUACCAGAGGUUAUGCCUGUUUUUAUUAUUUGA